CGGACUGAGUCACUGAGUCACUGAGUCAACCGAGUCAGCAGUAUUUAAACUUCUAGCGCAUUCCUUCUCCAGUUUCAUUUUCAAGCCAAAGAGAAAGAAAAAAGAAUCCAUUUCAGACAAAUAUGCCACUCAAACUGAUGAACUGAGCUGAUACCAAUCAAGAAAAUCAAAAUCCCAUCAAGAAUUCUAUCUUACCAAAAUCCAAUAGUAGUGAUUUUCUUUCUUGUACAGACACAACACAACAAGUCAAGAAAUGUUAGUUCCAGCAACCUUGAGUUUGAAGGUGUCCCAUGUGCUCUUCCACCUUGGGUCUCAAAACCCUCACAUGGGGUUUAAUGGAGUUGAAACCAGAGUACCCAGAAAAAGAAAGUCCAUACUUCUUCUUCCUAACUUGUCUUAUCAUCGUCAUCAUCUUCAACUUCAUAGCCUCGACCCCAAAUCAGUAUUUGAACGUACAGUCCUCACAAGGGUCAGUAAUGAUGGUGGUAGAGCAUCUCCUGAUGUUGAAGAAUUGAACAGUUCUUCUCUUGGUGAUGGUUAUGUUUCGUUGUUUGUUCGGAUGCUUGGACUAGACAACGACCCACUUGAUAGAGAGCAGGCAAUAGUGGCACUAUGGAAAUAUUCACUUGGAGGAAAGAAGUAUGUUGAUGCCAUAAUGCAGUUUCCUGGCUGUCUUAAUCUUACCAUAAAUCUACUUAGAUCAGAAUCUACUUCAACAUGUGAAGCUGCUGCUGGUCUUUUACGAUCGAUUUCUCUGGUUAAUAUAUACAAAGAUUUGGUGGUAGAAAGUGGAGCUAUUGAAGAAAUAACUGGUUUGCUAAAUGAACCUUCCUUGACUUCUGAGGUGAAGGAGCAAAGCUUAUGUACUUUGUGGAACUUGUCAGUGGAUGAGAAGAUUAGACUAAAAAUUGCUAACCCUGAUAUCUUGCCAAUACUCAUUAAGUCUCUAGAUGAUGAGGAUAUAAAGGUGAAGGAAGCAGCAGGAGGGGUUUUAGCGAAUUUGGCGUUGAGCCAAGUCAACCACAAAAUCUUGGUUGAAGAAGGUGCUAUUCCGAAACUGGCAAAGUUGUUAAAAGAUGACGCGGAGGGAUCUAAGGUAAUUAGAAAGGAGGCAAGAAAUGCAUUGUUGGAACUAACCAAAGAUGAUUAUUACAGAAUUCUUAUUAUAGAGGAAGGUCUUGUUACUGUCCCCUUAAUUGGAACAGCUGCUUACAAGUCAUUCAGACCAGGUUUGUAUUCCUGGCCUAGCUUACCCGAUGGCACUGAGCUUGAGCGAACUUCUAAAACUCCUUCCAGGUUUGGUGCUUCCGAAUUACUCCUCGGAUUAAAUAUUGAUGACAAGAAGGUUAACAUUGAGGAAGUCAAGGUGAAUGCCAUUAUUGGAAGGACACAACAACAAUUCCUUGCGCGUAUUGGGGCUAUUGAAAUGGAAGAUGGAAAAAGAGAAUCUGAGCUUCCAUCUGGUCGGAAAGUUACCAUUUUGCCUUGGGUGGAUGGAGUGGCUCGUUUGGUUUUAAUUCUUGAACUUGAAGAUGAAUCGGCUUUAUCAAGAGCUGCAGAUUCAAUAGCUGAUGCAUCUAUUAGUGAAGAAAUGAGGAUAGCAUUCAAGGAAGCUGGAGCAGUUAGGAAUUUAGUUAGGCUUCUAGACUAUAAGAAUCAAGCGGUCAAGUUAUCUGUAACUCGAGCUUUGGAGAGGCUGUCUGUAAGCAAUAAUGUUUGCCAGGUUAUUGAAGCCGAAGAUGUUGUAGAUACUUUACUUGACACUCUGAGAUCUCCAGAUACUUCUCAACCUUUAUUGGAAAAGACCUUGGAUAUUCUUGCUCGGAUCUUAGACCCUAGUAAAGCUAUGAGAUCAAAGUUUUACAAUGGACCAGUUAAUGGAUUAAAUAAGGGAUUAGACCAAGGAAGAAGCUCUAAUUUUUCUGGAGAGAAAACUGGAGAUUCGUCUGAGAUAGACACCGAUAAAACCAAUACCAGGAAAAAUGCGCUAGAUGUUGCUGCAAUCGGUUCCCUUGUUGAGAUUUUAAAGACCUCAACCCCAAAUUUACAGAGGAAAGCUGCUUCCAUCCUUGAGUUCAUCGCACUUAAUAACUCAACAAAGGACAUGGUUCUCUCAGUGGAUAUUGAAUCUGGUCUAGAUGUUGUUUUCCAGCAAAAAGUUCUGCAAGACACAGAUUCAGAUUUAGAGGGAAAAGAGCCAGAAAGAUAUGCUCUUGAAGUUGAAGAAGCAGGGCUUGCAAUUUCUGCAGCCUCUAGCUUACUAACAAAACUACUAGACUUGGAUCAGUUUAGCCGCAAUAUAAACUCGAGCUAUUUCACCAAGUUGUUGCGCGAUAUCCUCAAGUCUAGUAUACCCCUCCAUUGCAAAGAUUGGGUUGCUGCUUGCUUAGUCAAACUCAGUUCUCUUUCGGGUCCCAAACCAAACCUCGAUGAUCCUAUCAACAUGGAGGUAACCCUGUACGAGACAAUACCAAGACUCAUAGAGCAACUCAAAACAUCAGCCUCUCUACAAGCGAAAGAAGCGGCUGUCAUAGAACUCAACAGAAUAAUCUCCGAAGGUAUCAUUGAUUCCACCCGAGCUGUUGCUUCAGAGGGAGGGAUAAUUCCUUUGGUGGAGUUACUCGAAGAAGGGAGCGAGAAGGCAAUCGAAGCAGGCUUGGCAAUACUGUAUAAUCUGAGCAUGGACAGCGAGAACCAUAUGGAAAUCAUUGCUGCCGGAACUGUGCCUGUAUUGAGGAGAAUUGUUCUAUCGCAAAGACCUCAGUGGACUCGGGCUCUACAUUUGCUGAGGACAUUGCCCACAUGAAGAGACUUUGUUAUAAAAUGAUGUAGUGAAUUUCCAUUGUUAUCAUUUUUCACAUUCCUAUAGAUCUAGGAUCAUACCCUUUUGAGCAAUAUACAAGAAAAUCCAAGCUCACCUUUUUUAUUUUCUAUGGAAAGGAAUCUAUGCUCACUUUUGUUAGCUGUAAAUGAUUGUGUUGUUUAACCACAAAUUACAAAAGCAUGUCAUUUCUAUAAAA